AUUUCAUUUCCCUUCUGCAGUACCAUUUCUAUCAAUCUCAUUUUUCUUCUUCCUUAGGCCUAGCAUCGAAAAUCGUGGUUCCAAUUUGUCAACCACACUUUUGCUUCGCCUAACCCUUAUACACCCCAACCACGAUUUAAUCUUCUUCUUCUCCUCCAUCACCUUCAAAAUUUUCUAUCACACUCCAUCUCAGAAACACACGACGACUCACAAAUCUCAUGUGUCGCCUCCUUGCAGGUCGCUUGCAUUGCAUCUGGAAGUGCGCUAUUGGCGAGAGUCAAUUGACAAUCGAUCUCCUCCCUGAAGCUGCUUCCAGAGAUGCUAUCAAUAGAGCACAACCCUAACUCACUAGUCACCGCCUCGCUCUUCCUCUUCGCUGUCGUCCAUGUCGAUGGAGCUCUGAAUCUGAACCUCACCAGGCUAGCUAGAUUGCUUGCGAGGUUGGAGAAGCUUCGCAAGUAAUGUUGUGAAACGAGGAUAGGAUGCUCAAGUUCUUGGUGGAGCCUCUCUCAUAAGUUCAGACUUUUGCUUGCAAGUUGAAGAAUACAAGUACCCUUGUUCUCGUUUAAUUGAUCCAACAAAUUCAGGCUUUGCGAGUUGAAGCAACUAGAUUCUUGAAUUGUUGUGUCAAUGGUGGGGGGAUACGUGGCAUGAAAGACCUUACUACUUGGGAUUUAUGUAGGAAAUUACGUUAGAGUGGGACCAAGAUUUUCAAGGGUUGUUGUGGUCUUGGUUUCGUUGUGAUGCUUUACAUUUGAGGACAUUGCAGGCAAAUAUGUCUAAUACAACCACGGUUGUGGUCCUGGUGGUUUUACGAACAUGGUUUAUCCAGGUGCUGUGCAUUCCAGAUUUGAGCACUCUCUUGGCAUGUAUUGGCUAGCUGGUCAAUGUGUGGAAAAGCUUCAUACUUAUCAGGAUAUGAAGAACACCAAUAACAAUCGUGGCUUUGCUUUUAUUGACUAUUAUAAUAAUGCGUGUGCUGAGUAUUCUAAGCUAAAGAUGAUGAGCCCAACAUUUAAGCUAGGUGAGAAUGCUCCAACAGUGAGCUGGGCUGAUCCUAAAAAUGUUGAUUCCUCUGCUGCAUCUCAGGUUGUCUUCAAAGAAGACAUGCUUCGCAGGGACAUUGAGGAUCUUCAAAAACGUUAUCAGGCAAGUGAAAGACGGUGUGAGGAACUGAUUACGCAAGUUCCUGAAUCCACAAGGUCACUUUUAAGGCAAAUUGAAGCCAUGCAGGAAACAAAUGCCAAAAGAGCUGAAGCUUGGGCAGCUGUUGAAAGAACUCUCAAUUCUCGACUUCAGAUUUCCUGUUUAAGAGCAGAACAGACUCAAUUAAGUAGGACCCUUGAAAAAGAGAGACAAAGGGCAGCUGAAAGUAGGCAGGAAUAUCUUGCAGCAAAGGAGGAAGCUGACACUCAAGAAGGUCGUGUGAGACAGUUUGAGGAAGAUAUCAGAGACAUUAGACAGAAAUACAAGCUAGAGUUACAAGAGGCACUGAUACACAGGGAGCAUUUUCAGCAAGUAGAGCUUUUUGAUUAUGGAUUUCAAAUAUAGCACUGCAAACUUGUUAAUGAAGCUUCUGGUUUCACCUCCGAUUAAUUUUCUAUCAUUUCUCAUUUUGUGGGUAAUGGGAUUACCAGCCAAAGGAGAGAUUUGGUUUCAUGCUGCAUGAUCUUUUCUGUAAAAAAUUUACAAAAGAAAGUCAUCUAUAAAUAA